AUGGCCACGAAGGAAGCAUCGAGCUCUUCCUCAGGUCUAGCUACACCAGAUAGCGCUACACCGCACAAUAACGGCAGCACCAAUAAUGUUUCAGACAUCUUAACCCCCCAAGAGCUUUCCUCAGAUGAUUCUUGGUCCAUUGUGACUGGGAGCGACUCACAAUCAGUCGCUUAUGAUGACGUUGUAUCCAGCGAUGAUGGAGAACGGGAAGAACAUAACAAAGAGAUUCGAGCUUCGGUUUCUACGCUCAAAAACGAACUUAACGGAUCACACUUCUCGGUGCCUCGAAUUGAACUGGAUAAGGGGCCAGAAGAAGUUGCUGAAGAUCGGGGUGCACCCGAUGAGUCUCUCACUACACUUAUCGACCAUGUGAAAUCUUUGAAGCGGGAUAAAUUGAAAUCGUGGCAUUGUAUUGCCGCACUAGGACUUGCCCUGACCAUGUUGGUUGGAGGAACGGUAUUCAGAACUAAGGACGUGGACUGCUCUGCUGUGUCUGAGAAUAUGAGAAUGACACUUCAAGACUGUCUAGUCAAGGGUUUAGAUACCAAAAUGGGGUGCUUAAAGCAGUAUUUUGAAGAGCGCAAAGCGUAUGAAACUCGCUGCUCAUUUCAAGAUCAGGACCUCAUAACUUUCGAGAGCCAUCUCAAAUUCGGAAGGGAAAUGUUUGGCGAAGGCGCGCUGGCUGAAGCUUAUAGCGGACUUCUUUGGGCAAAGGAACAAAGACUUGAAUUAGGCGAGAAGGGACUAGAGUGGUCUCGCAGGUUCGGGAGCGCUAUGAAGGAGAACUUUUCGACAAGCUUGAAGGUACUUGCUCAGGCUAAAGAGCUUUCCAUCGAGAAGCUGGGGGACACAGGUUUAGUAUUACGUCGACUGACUAAGGAAUGGGGGUACAACAUGAGGAAAGGGCUCCAAUUUGCAGAUAAUUUUCUCUUUCAGGCUCGGCUUUGGGCCGGUGGUACUGCUUUAGCUUUUGCGAGAGACGGGAAAGUUGCAAUUGAGCGUGGCGAUGAGCGCUUGAAGGAACUCUUGACUAAAGUGAAAACCGUCUCUUCAAUGUUGUCUCAACGGUACUUAGAUAUACCUAAAGGGCUUUCUUCGCUAGUGGAGUUCAAAGACAUUGCUCAAGGGAAGUUAUUGGAAUCCGGACAGAGGUCCUUGAAGAAUUCCACUCGUGCGCUCAAAUAUAUUCGCCAACGAUUGCCGCUGAUUCGCAGAAAAUGGGUCUCGUUUGCUUGCAGCCUAUACAGAGAAUCCUGCCUCUCCUUCAGCAAUGUAGGCUCACAUUUACACACACAGUUCAAGCUGUCAGCUCAUGGAGUCAGAGAAUUCAACACGAUAUUACACGAUAAAUUUCUACAAUGGUACAAUAGUUUUGAAAUACCCUGGUUUUAG